CAAAAAGUAAACACAAUAAAUUUUAAAAGCUUCAAUGAAUUUCUACGAUUUUUAGCUGAAAUUUAAAUAAAAAUUAUCGAAAUUUGGGUAAAAGUGGACCGCACGCCAUGCCGGUGGAUAUCAAUCGGCUGACCGAAGGUUGGCUGGAGUUGGAAAGUGACCCCGGGCUGUUUACCCUGCUGUUGGAGGAUUUCGGAGUGAAAGGCGUUCAGGUGGAAGAAGUUUACGAUUUGCAGCGCUCGAUUGAAGGUCCCGUUUAUGGUUUUAUCUUCCUGUUCCGCUGGAUUGAAGAACGUCGCGCCCGGCGUAAGAUCGUCGAAACAACCGACAUCUACGUGAAGGAUGAAGAAGCGGUCAACAACAUUUUCUUUGCCCAGCAGGUGGUUCCCAAUAGUUGUGCCACCCAUGCGCUGCUCUCGGUGCUCUUGAACUGUUCCGAUAUCGAUCUCGGUAAUACGCUCAGUCGGUUGAAGGUACACACCAAAGGUAUGUGUCCGGAGAAUAAGGGCUGGGCUAUCGGAAACACACCGGAGCUGGCUUGUGCCCACAACUCUCAUGCCAUGCCCCAGGCUCGACGACGGAUGGACCGCAACUCGGGCGUCAGCACCGGAAGAUUUACCGGAGAAGCGUUCCAUUUCGUCAGUUUUGUCCCCAUAAAUGGCCAUCUAUUCGAGUUGGAUGGAUUGAAGCCAUUUCCGAUGGAUCACGGGCCCUGGGUUGAGAAAGAAGACUGGACCGACAAGUUUCGUCGCGUUAUGUCAGAUCGUUUGGGUAUCACGACAGGGGAGCAGGACAUUCGAUUCAAUUUGAUGGCGGUUGUUCCGGAUCGCCGUAUCGCCAUUACUCAUAAACUGAAAAUGCUCCGAACCAAUCAAACGAUAGUAUCGGCCGCCCUCGAAAAGCUGCUAAAAAGCAAACAACCGGAAAACCGGGAUAUUAAAGAUGCUGUCGAUAAGAUUAAAAAGGAGGAAGACACUCCAGUUAAGCUGAGCUCUGAAUAUUCGCAGCUACUUGAAAUGAAUGACAAAGCCGAUUCCUCCGUUCCUAUGUCGAAGGAGCUGGAAUCGAUUGUUUCAUUAAACAGCUCCUCGGACUCAGUAGAACUGAUUGGUGAAAGCGAAAUAAAGAAGGAAGAUCCACCUCCUUCUCCGCCACCGUCGUUCAUGGGGGCAGGUACAUUCUCCCCAAAGGACCUUCUUUCUCUGCUCAAGAAUCUAGAAUCCGAAAUUAACAUAACCGAGCAACAUCUUUGCGAUGAGAACGAGAAACGAUCCAUGUUCAAGGUGGACGACUGUCGGCGGACACACAAUUACGAUGAGUUCAUUUGCACUUUCCUGUCGAUGUUGGCCCAUCAGGGCGAGCUGGGUGAUCUUGUUUCGCAGCAUCUUAUCACCAACCGCAAGAACAGCAUGGGUGGAAACCAAAAUAGCAGCUCCCGGGGGGUUAUUCGUAACUAUAACAAAAAGACGACCACCAAUGGUUCCUCGCCGAAGACACCCAGCUCCAAGCGACGGCGUGGUCGCACCAAGUAUCGCAAACGAAAGUGAAGGUUCCACUUCCUGGCGGUGGUUUACCGGUGCGCGUAAAUUAGACUGGAAGGCUGGGUCACCCAUUCUACUUGAAUGGUUAGCAGCUAUAUUUGCAUAAAUGAAUCAAUAAUAACUAUCGAAUCCUGUACGUUUUAUCACCUAACUUUCAUAGCAAUCAGUAACAAUAAAUUCAUAAAAGUUGAUAUGCAGGACUUUUUUCCUUUUGAAUUAUAGAGAUAUUAUGAAUUAUAAAAUUGAGUGCAGACAGGGAGU